AGGUUCCCGGCGGCUUCGAGACGGUGCUGCUCGACGAGGCGGCGCAGGCCACCGAGCUCGCCGCCCUCGUCCCCAUGUCCCUCGGCGCGCGGCUCGUCUGCCUCGUCGGAGACCCGCGCCAGCUGCCGGCGACCGUCCUCUCGGAGGCUGCGAAGCGGAGAGGCUACGCCCGCUCUCUCUUCGAGCGGCUCGAGCAGCUCGGCCGCCCCGUGCUGAUGCUAUCCACGCAGUACCGGAUGCACGGCGCGAUCCGCCAGUUCCCGUCGCUCCACUUUUACGGCGGGCUGCUGCGCGACGCCCCCUCGAUCACGCACAUGAUGCGCCAGUGCCCCGGCACCGAGGGAGCCGCGCCGUCGCCCCUUCCCCCGGCUGCCAGCCGGAGCGGCGAGCCGGUGGCGGCGGCGCCGUCGGCGCCCUACCUCUUCUUCAGCCUGCUCGGCGGGAGGCAAGACGCGUCCGACAGCUCGCGGUCGCACUCGAACGAGGGAGAGGCGCGGCAGCCGCACGGCUGGGGCGAGCUGUACAAGCGCGUCCUCCGGCUCACGCCGCGCGUCGUGCUGCUCACGCCGUACACGCGCCAGCAGAGGGUGCUGCACAGCCUGCUCGACCGGGUGUGCGAGGCGCUCGACUUGCCGGCCGACGGCGCCUCUCCGCUCGACUGCGUCCUCGUCUCGUCGAUCGACGCCUUCCAGGGGCGCGAGGCGGACGUCGUCAUCCUCUCGUGCGUGCGCGCAGGCCCGAAGCAGGCCUCCAUCGGCUUCCUCAAGGACGAGCAGCGCCUCAACGUCGCACUCACGCGGGCGAGGCACGCGCUGUACGUCGUCGGCGCCGAGGAGUCGCUCUCCGACGGCUCGAGGGACUGGCGCGCGCUGCUGGAGGACGCGCGCCGGCGCAGCUGCCUGUGCAGCCUCGGGCUGGCGCGCCAGGCUGCAGAGGCGGCCAGGGCGGCGCGGGAGGCCGCAGGGCCGGCCCGGGCGGCGAGGGGCGCUGCGGAGGCGGCGGCGGGCAGGCUGCGUCCGCAGGCGGAGAUGGCGGCGCAGGCGGCGCGGGAGGCGGCGGCGAGUGAGCUCAGGCAGGUGUCGAACCAGUUCAAGCGGCUCGCCGAGCUGCUCCUGGCCAAGAUCCCGGAGACCCUCCUCGACGGCACGCGCGAAGGGGACGCCGCGCCGCGGCCGCCCCAGCUGACCGAGCUGCUGCCGCUGCCCGGCCGCCCCGGCCUCAACUCGCCGCAGAGGACGCCACUGCGAGCUUAGGCCUUGCUGCGUUUUUGCUACGUACUAGAAAAGGGUGAGUGCGCACGACACGAAAGUGCCCACUCUUAC